GUCCCAAUAGCGCUUUCAUAGAAUUCGAAAGCCACAAUGACAGCGUGGACCGGGCGUCGUGCACUCCUGGACGACGAUGACGAAUUCGACUUCAAGAAGUUGUUCUUGCACCAUCUGGCGCCGGGGCUGGGAUGUAUUAUCGCGUUCCUCAUGUUUGUGAGCCCGCUGAAGACGGUGCUGCAAAUUCGUGCCAACAAGCACCUUGGGGACCUGAACCCACUGCCGCUGGUGGCCAUCAUCGCCAACUGCGCCGCCUGGCUCAUCUACGGAUGCAUCAACGCCGACCCCUAUGUCAUUACAGCCAACGAGCCGGGCCUGCUGCUGGGUAUUUUCAUGACCGUGUCUUGCUACGGCUUCGCAGACCCCAAGGCCCGCGACGUGAUGCUGAAGGCGCUCAUGUUCUUCGCGGUGCUGCUGAGCGCUGUGGGCAUUGCCAUCGCGCUGUUCAUCGAGGAGGACGAGACAGCGUCCAAGACCGCGGGCUACACCGCCGUCUUCAUCCUGCUGUGCUACUACGGCGCGCCGCUGUCCACCAUGGCCGAGGUGCUCCGCAGCCGCUCCUCCGCCUCGCUGUUCUGGCCCACCAGCCUCAUGAACACCAUCAACGGCCUGCUGUGGGUGGCGUACGGCACGGCUGUGUCUGACCCCUUCAUCGCCGUCCCCAACGCCAUCGGCGCUGCUUUCGGCGUCAUCCAGAUCGGCCUCAUCAACAUCUACCCCGCAAAGAAGGUGUCUACGCCCCCGGGCGACGACGUCGAGCCCCUCAUCCACGAGGGCCGCCACGUGGCCUGAGGACGGGGCCUGUGGAAGGUCGAGCGAUCAGCGGCAGGAAGGGAAAUGGAGGGGCCGCCCCUGCCCCUGCUCGUGCCCGUGCGGGCCAUGGGCCUGGAGGGCACGAGGCUCCUGAGGAGUUUCAGCAUUCCAGGUCCGGGGGGGGGAGCUAUGGCGUUUGGACGCAUUAGACCUGGACGCGAGCGCGCGCUGUGUUGCAGGCCGCGCGUAUCCGGUAGCUCCGAGUGUAAGCAAGAGAACGCAAUGGUGUAUUUAUGAACGCAUGGUGUGCGGGGUGGGUCUAUUGGUGGGCAGGCAACAGAGCCCGAGCGCGUGGGCGCGACCCACGUGUCAUCUGAUGUGCUGUACGCCUGUACGGUACCGUUAUCGAAGAUGCUUUAAGACUAAUCGAGUACCGAGCAAAGGUGUGUCAGUAGGGUGCGUAGCGGGCGCGUGUAGUGCCGCGCAUCCACCCCAUGGGGCGCGGCCGCGGAAGCGUCGAUUGUACAACAGGCCAGAGUCUGCGUUGUGGUGGAGCCGCCAGCCCAUGUAAAAUAAAACUACGCUGACUGCUUCCACCCGACCUCGGCCUUGGUCACGUGAUCAGCUGCACGCGCAUGAAGGCCGCAGGGCUUGUAAAACAGCAGCGUCAGCAGGGAUAGCCAGCGUGCCCAGUCAUAUCAGUGUCGCUGCAAACCCUAGCUGAAGACCUCGAGCACCCCUGACCUCGAGAGUCGCUUGAGAGCCCAUAGGGUAGGCAGGGAGCUCCCGCACCGACUGCUGCUGUUGCUAGCAAUAGGUCUUGACAGCGUGUGUUUUGCGUGUUACGUGUGCGCCGCAGGGUUGAGGCGGAGGCCGCGCCGGAGCGGGAGCCACUGGUGGCUGAUGGCGAGGCGGAGGCGUGAUGAGCGAGCAGCUGGCAGGGUCCUCCAAAGCCCUGUCUCAACCUUCAUCCGCGGCCUGCAGUCCGUGCAUUGACUGCUGCGUGGGGUUGGCGAUGGCGUGUUGCCGUACUAUUGGCUAGGGACUGGGCAACUGGGCGUGGCUUGCACUGUUGGGGCGCCGCCGUAAGCGCGGCUGCAGCAGGCUGCAGGCGGGCGCCGUGGCAACAUGUGGACAAAUAACGCAGGAAUGGGCUUGCCGUUUGACUUGGUGGGCGAUGUUGCUGUCUGUGCGAGCGAGAAACUGACGUCACUCCCCGGCACUACUGCGCCUCCACCAAUUGUGGGGGCUCUCGGGGUGACUCAGCGUGACGAGUGCUCCGAGCAGUACCGACGAUGCUUUGGCAAGACGUAUGCGCACGUUGUCGGAAGAGGGUGUCGCGGCUAUAGCAGGCAGCACAGGAGGAAGCCAGUACAACCCCUGUGCUGGCUCACAUGCCUGGCAGCUGGAGACGAAGGAUCUACAGGUCGUACUUUGCUGGUGGUGCAUCCUGCUGUGUGUAUGCCAUCGCAUAACUGUAACGAACACAAUGCCGGGGGGGGGCGCCAGAUCGUGUCCUGUCGGUGUAUGUGUGUGUGUGUGCGCGCGCGUGUGUUGGGGACCUGGUAGCUUGGCUGCGGACAGUGUUG